CGCUCCAAGAUGAACAAAAAACUGUGCAUUCUGAUCGUGCUAGCCGUUCUCUGCUCGGCAGUUUACGCUGGUAAGGACAGCAAAGAAAAAUCAAAGGAAAAGUCCAACGAAUCGAAGGAAAAUAAGUCUAAGGAGCCGGGCGAGAAAUCGAACGAAAGUUCGUCGAGUGAAGUGACGGAUACGCCAGACAGUACGACCAUCGCACCGGCUACCGAGGAUCGUUGCGUGGGACAGCAGGACGGAACAGUACUGGCCUCGCUGACCACCUGCUCGAACUUUGUCACUUGUCAAGGAGAGGUGGAAACCCCGGAAAUCCCAUGCGUACCGAGUGGCACCAUCUUUGAUGCGAGUCGCGGAGUGUGUGACUAUGAAACGAACGUUGUGUGUACGAUCGAUGAGGCUACUGAGGUCCCCACUACGGAAGCUGCGAUCGCUGCUCCUGAGCCAUCGUCGGAACAGUUGAAGGGCUUGUGCAAGGGUGUCAUCAUCGACAUGAUCCCACAUCCAGGCAACUGCGGCAAGUUCGUCAUCUGUGUUUUGGGAAAGCCUAGCAUCCAGUCUUGCGGCAAGAGCCAAGUGUUCUACUCUGACCUGAAGGUGUGUGCGUUUGGAGACCCGAAGAAGUGUUAAUUUAGGGGAGCGUUGGUUUCCAUCUUUAUGUUGUUGACUGAAAUAAACAUGUCCCUAAACCAGAGGAUGUUCGAAUUGAGUUUUGUAAGAUAUUUAUGUUAAUUAAAUUGUUGAACUGGCAUUUAAAAAAACUUCUUAAAGUGUCCCAGACGCCUGUCCUAGUGAUAUAAAACAUUUCGAUAUUGUUUAUGCUUGGGGAUUAGAAAA